AUGAAAAAUAGAUUGGAAGGAGUGCAGGGUAUAACAUUAUUGAAGACUGUUGUUGAUCAUGGCUCUGUUAAGUGGCUUCCCAAGUCUCCUAAACUGUACAGUGGCCAUAACUGGAGCUCCCAGGGCUCUCACUGGGCCUCGUUGAAAGGAAAGGAAGGUUUUCAUGGUGGCAACCUGUACAAACUCAGCUCUGCCAAUGGAAAAUGGAGGGAAGGAAGGAUCAGCCCCGAGCAAGAGGCGGAGGAACUGGAGGAUCCUGAUGAGGAUGAACCUAUUUCCAAGUUUUCUGGCAGCCUUUUUGAUACUGAUGGUAGCGUAAGAGAUCAGAGAAAUACCAGAACAGCUCUUCAGGAGAAGCACAAGUCAGCAGUGAAGGGGAAAACUCUCCCAGGGACUAACAGCAAGGCACAGGCUCCUGUCUCAGCAGUGGGCAGCUUGUCCGGAGAGAGCAGCAGGUUUCUGGAGGACUCAAGAGCUGCCGAUGGGACACAGCCCCCACUGAAGAUAACCAUUACUGUGUGCAGUCAAAUGGGGAGUCUUGGUAUUAGCAUUGCUGGUGGAAAGGGCUCAUCUCCAUAUAAAGACAAUGAUGAGGGAAUUUUGAUUGCUCGGCUACCAAAAGAUGGUCCGGCAGACAUGGUGGGAGUGCAAGCAGGAGACAGAGCGGCAGAGGGAUCCCUCAUUUCAGAACCCAAUGCCCAUGACGCUGGUCCUGCUGAAGCUUCAUCUAAAGGCAGCCCCUUCCAGACAGUAAACCAUGUCAUAACAGUAAGUAUGGUGGACACAGCAAGUAACAAAUCCUGCUUAGCUAAAUAAUUUGUAUUGUCUGUCAUUAAUGCUAGUAAGGAUCGUGAAGACUGGCACAAAGCUCGUGAGAGGCUGUGUAAAAGGAAAACGUGUACCAACGAUCAGUGACCGUGUGUUUAUGGUGGCUAUCACUGCACCCAGGGUGCAACCUGGGGGAGCUCUGCUCCUGGUCAAGCAAUAGCUUAGCAGAUCAGACCUUUUGAGUUUGGGAGCACUAAGGGUGGUGUCCAUUCCCUCCAAUGUAAGUAUUUAUUCUGUUGCCUGGACUCCCCCUCUAGUUGAUGGAAAGAGCAUCAUCUCUGGGGUGUCUCUUGUAGGAGGGAGAAGUUGAGCUGCUACCUGGAGGUGCUCAUUUUAUCCUUCAUAUUGAAGGGGAAUUUGCAUGACAGGCUAAGACCGUGUGCCCAUAUUUUAGGUGGCUGAUGUCAGACAACAUUAAGCCUACCGUAAAUGUCACAAAAGGAAAUGUUUGGGCAUGCAAAGGGUUU